AUGACCCCCACUCGCGGCAAUGAGGAAAUAGAGGGGCGCACUUAUAAAGACUAUGCCUACAGCCCUGUACCAGUGAGUUCCCUUACGGCGGUGAAUGGUACACCCCCGGUCAGAGAAUCGGUGGAAUUGGACACACGGAACUCGUCAUUACGCGCCAACGGACAUAGUGUUGCCGAAGACAUGACGGAGGAGGGUUCCAAGCGCGUCCAGUUCCUGGCUGCUGCGGCGGGUAACCUGUCCGUUCUUGCGACUGGUGUGACGAUGGGAUGGACAAGUCCAGUUCUUCCUCUCUUGGAGAAGAAUGGCGGACCUUUGGGAUCGAAAAUCACCAGCGAACAGAGUUCCUGGAUAGGGUCUCUGAUGGCCCUCAGUCCUAUUGUCGGCAGCUUCGUGGCGGGAUACCUUGGAGAAAGACUGGGCCGUAAACGAGCGUUGUUAUCUUGCGUGGUGCCGUUUUUAAUUGGAUGGAUACUUGUCGCCUCUGCAGGUCACAUUGCUCAGCUUUACGUCGCUCGAUUAAUAUUUGGAUUGGCUCUGUCUGUCGUAUUCACGAUUCUCCCUAUGUAUUGCGGCGAAAUUGCCGAGAUGUCAAUCAGAGGAGCGUUGGGCUCUUUUCUUCAGCUCUUUAUCGUGAUCGGUUUCUUAUACGCCUAUUCUAUUGGACCGUUUGUUAGUUACACCGUUUUUUGGAUUCUCUGUGGGAUCAUACCGAUAAUUUUCUUCUUCUCCUUUAUUAUGAUGCCGGAAUCUCCGUACUUCCUGCUUGGUCAGGGCCGCAGAGAUGAAGCGAUCGCAUCUCUGGCGAAGCUCCGAAGCAAAUCCAAAGCGGCUGUUCAGAAGGAGGCUGAUGAAAUACAGGCGAUACUCGACGAGGCUUUUAAGAAUCAAGUUAGCAUCUCGGAUCUGUUCAAGGUGAAGGCGAACUUCAAGGCACUGCUCCAUACUUGUGCCUUGGUUUCCUUUCAGCAGUUUACCGGUAUCAAUGUCGUGCUGUUCUAUAUGCAGAAUAUUUUCAUGGCUGCUGGAGGUGCUGUGCCAACAGAUGUAGCACCGAUUAUCAUUGGAGUGGUGCAAGUGUUAGCGUCAGCGGUGACACCUGUAGUUGUCGACAGGUCAGGUAGAAGGAUGCUUCUCGUUAUCUCCGGCAUCGGAGAGACAGUCAGUUUGUGUGCCCUAGGCUUGUAUUUCUACUUGAAAGAAGUACAGCACGCGGAUGACGUCGUGGAACAGAUAUCCUGGUUGCCGACGGUCUCCCUCGUCAUCUUCAUUGCCACAUACUGUUUGGGCUGGGGUCCUCUUCCGUGGGCGGUGAUGGGCGAAAUGUUCGAUCCGAAUGUCAAGGCCAAGGCUUCCGGUAUAACGGUUUCCGUCUGCUGGUUCCUGGCCUUCCUCCUUACCAAGUUCGUCAGUAACCUCCAGGAGGCAUUAGGCAAUUACGUGAACUUCUGGUUAUUCGCGGGAUUCUGCUUUGUCAGUAUCCUCUAUACGGUAUUCUUACUGCCCGAAACGAAAGGCAAGACACUUCAGCAAAUUCAGGACGAACUUAACGGAGUGACUUCGACUGCAAGCGUCGAGAACGGGUUGAAAAAGUGAGACGAGAUCACUCGCGUACGAUUAUUUUGACGGUAUAUGCUGAACACUCGAUGAAUUCAAGAAGAGAUUAGAUAUUUUUUAAAAAAUAAGUAAAGUUUUACAUUUUUAUGACAUAUUUAGGAAUUUGAUGUCUUUUGUAGAAAAGAGGAAUCAAGUAAGAUUAUCAGAAACGCGGAUAAUAUAUGUGCCUAUUCUACUGCCAAAUUUGUACACAUAUAGAUACUAUGGGUAAAAAAGAAAUAUUUUUUAAGCAAUCACCAUUCAAUCUUUUAUCUUAAUGUCGCUUGAAUUAUAAAGAAAAAUGGAAAACGAUUAACGCAUGAAUGAUGGCCUAAUUUAAAUAAAAUGUUCAGGAUAUCUAGAGAAAGUGUAACGAAGGAUAGACUCUAUUUUUGCUCACAUACACGCUAAUACGGUUUUCUACAUGGGACCAAAAAUACUUCGUCUUCCAAACACAUUUAUGUAACAUCUAACA